AAGAGCAGUGGAACAGGAGCAGACGCCAUGCCGCCUCAGAACCUCUCCCACGCUGACGGGGGUCUGCCUGCCGACAUUGACCUGCACGCAUUUCCGGUGACGCCGUACCAGGAUGAGGAGGACAGCAGCUCGGACGACAGCUCCGCCUCCGAUCUGCAGAAGCUCAGGGAGUGGGCGUCGGGCCGAGCGCGCCAGGUGUUCAGCAAGGAUACGCUGCUGAGCACGCUCCCGAUCCUGAGCUGGGCGCCCAAGUACACCAAGUCUGACCUGAUUGGCGACACCAUUGCCGGCCUCACAGUCGGCCUGACCGUGAUCCCGCAGGGCAUCGCCUACGGCAGUCUCGCGGGUCUCUCCGCCAACUACGGCCUGUACAGUUCCUUCGUGGGUUGCUUCGUCUACUGCAUCUUCGGAUCCUCUCGCGCCAUCACUAUCGGACCGACAGCCAUCAUGGCACUGAUGACGCACGAAUACGGUUUCCAUGGCAACCCAGACAUCGCCAACCUUCUGGCUUUCUUGGCCGGCAUUGUUAUUCUCUUGGCCGGCGUUCUACAGUUGGGUUUUCUGAUCGACUUCAUGUCGGGCCCGGUGAUCGCUGGCUUCACGUCCGCCGCGGCCAUCACCAUCGCCGUCUCCCAGCUGAAGGGCCUCUUCGGAAUCAAGGUGGACGGAGACGGCUUUAUAGCCACACUGCGCGGCAUCGGCGAGCAGAUAUCAGACACAAACGUGUAUGAUCUAACUCUUGGCUGCAUCUGCAUCGCCAUUCUCAUUUCCAUGCGGGAGAUGCGUCGGCUGCCUAUGAUGCGGCCUGACCCUCUGGCACCGCGCGGUCGGAAGUUUCUCCAGGGCUUCCUCCGCUUCAGCUCCAUCGCUCGCAACGCCAUUCUGGUGAUUUUGGCCGGCAUCGUGGUCAUCAUCCUCAAGGCCAACGACCUCGAGCCGUUCACGCCCACCUCGUCGGUGCCGGCGGGCCUGCCGAAGCCGAAGCCGCCGCCCUUCUCCACCGUUGAUGGCAACCACACGCUGGCCUUCUCCGACAUGACGUCCACCAUCGGCGUCGGCAUCGGCAUCGUGCCGCUGCUGGCCGUCGUCGAGAACAUCGCCAUCGCCAAGGCCUUCUCUGAGGGCAAGCGUCUGGACACGACCCAGGAGAUGAUCGCGCUCGGCCUCAGCAACAUCGCCGGCUCCUUCUUUUCGGCCAUGCCGGUCACCGGCUCCUUCAGUCGCACGGCGGUCAACCACAGCUCCGGCGUGCGCACUCCGCUGGGCGGCGUGUUCACAGGUCUUCUGGUGAUCUGCGCCCUGCAGUUCCUGACGCCGUACUUCGUGUACAUCCCGAAGGCCACGCUCUCGGCCAUCAUCAUCAGCGCCGUCAUCUACAUGAUCGAACUGAGCGUGGCCAGACCCAUGUGGCGCAGUCGCAAGGUGGACCUGCUGCCAUUCCUCGCCACCUUCCUGGCCGGCGUGUUCUGGGGCCUGGAGUACGGCAUCGGCAUCGGCACAGCCAUCAGCCUGGGCAUGAUCCUCUUCAAGGCCGCCCGGCCCAAGGUCGUCACCCAGACUCGGAAGCUGCCUGGCGGCUCGGAGGAGUACAUCUACGUGUACCCGGACUCGGGGCUGACGUACCCCGCUGCCGAGCAUGUCCGCGCCGUGGUCACCGACGCCGCCGUGCUGCACGGCCGCAGCGUGCUGUCCGUCGUGCUCGAUUGCAACAACGUGCGCUACUCCGACUUCACUUCGGCCGAGUGUAUGAAUCAGCUGGUGAAGGAGUUCCACGAGCGCGGACAGCAGCUGGUGUUCGUCGGUAUGAAGAGCAGCAUCCGCCGCUGCUGGGACGGUGCUGGUCAUGCCGACAAUCGUCUCAGCUGCGUCACAAUCGCCGACGCCGAGCACACGAUCGCUGACCACCUUCACGCACCGCAGACGAAGGUAGACCUCAGCGGUCAGUAAGGCCAUGCACACCGGCGUCAUCAGCAGCCGCCAUAUCUGCCGACCGCUCGGCUGUCACACCCGCCACCGACCCGACUGCUCUCAACAUCGCGACAAGCCGCCCGCGGAGACUCCGCGCGCCCGCGGCCGAGUUCAAGGUUUCGGCGUGUCGGUCGGGAAGCCUGGCUGUGCGCCCUGUUGCGUGCGGGAGCGUUGUUACGUCACUGGGGCCCGUGGCGGAGGCCUCCGAUGCGCUGGACGCUCACACUCACUGUAGUUCUCAUUAGCUGUAGACGCUGACGCAUGCGGGCCCGCAGGGCGGCUGCGCACGUGGCUCGCGUGCAGGGCAUUCCUAGACGGGGCACAGCGUGCCCGGCGCGGGCCGAUGCAGGGUCAGCCUGCCUGGUUCCCGCGAGUGUCGACCAUGCGCUGGUGUAUUGGCAGGGUGGCCUAUGCAUGUAAUCGAGAUCAUUGUUGAUCCUGAAAGUGUUCGCUAUCAUGUCCGCCGCAAGCUGUGCGACUUUUGUUGUUUUUUUUUUUUUGGAUGGUUUUGCUAUCUUCAUUCAAGAAAAUUUCCUUGGUGCACAAAUUUCCUUGGUGUCGGAAGCCACGAAAUGUCGCAAUUUAAUCCGCGAAGGCCUCCAUUAGUAGAGCCAAUGAUUUGUUUACGAUUAUUUUGCGCUACUGUUAAAAUGUUUUCGUCCUCGUUGACAGAGUUGUGUUCUGACAGCUGACAGCCGCAUGUGACGGACAGUUCAACAACAUGUGAGGACAGAUCAACAGUAUCUGUCCCACACGUGCAACGCUUGAGCAAGGCGUUUACAAAUAGAAGCUGCAAGGAACUUAGAGAUGUAGCUUUAAAGAUUGUCCUUGUGGGAGGUUCAGGAUAUCACAAGACCCCCAAUAUUUAUCUUCACUUUCAAGGAAUUUUCCAUGGAUGUGAAAACAUCAAAUGCAUUGAACCACCGUCAAUGGUCAUUACAAACUAUCUAUAUAAUACAGGCGAGGUAAGUUAUUAUGAUGAAGUUCGUGAUUUAUGAAUUGCCGUUGCUGAGAUCUAAGCACUAAUCGUCUUACUGCUGUUGCGUAGAGUUAAGAACUGAUCAUUUUAGAGUUUGCUGUUGCGCUUUGUUUUGUACGUGCAUCACCCUUUUUUGCUCUGGAAUAACACCACCUGAUCUUUUGUAGAACCAGCUGUCCGCAAUUGAAUUACCUUUCGGGCACCGUUUUACCUGCGUUUGACUUAUAUUUCUAUGAUGUCAGGCCUGUCGCCCCACUGAAUAAUCGAUACAUAUGCUUCUACGGCGUAUUUAUUGUAAGUGUGUAUUGAGUGCAUGCUAAUUAUUAUAAGAUCGGUGGACGGAUGUUAUCAUCUGUCCACAUUUGAUAGUAGUCGACAGUGCGGGACAUUGCGUGUCAUUACUUCGGCAUGCAGCAUGCCCGCUGUGACAUGGUGCAUCGGAACUCUGUUGCACUGGACAAUACAGACCAUGUUGAUA